CGCUACACCUGGUUUAUGUUUGUACCUGGUUUUGACAUAAUCAAAGGGAUUUCAAUGGAUUACAUGCACUGUGUUCUUUUAGGAGUCAUGAAAAUGCUAAUGACAUUGUGGUUUGAUAAGUCACAUGCAGCUGAAUCUUUUAACAUAAGCAAAAAAGUGAAGGAAGUAGACAAGCGUUUGCUGCWUAUUACUCCACCAAACUGCAUUUCAAGAGACCCAAGGAGCAUUGAAAAUGAGUAUGGUCAUUGGAAGGCAUCAGAAUUCAGAGCAUUCCUAUUUUUCUAUGGAGUUCCAUGUUUGUGGAAUAUUCUUCCUGACGAGUCUUUCCAACAUUUCAUCUUGCUUGUUGAAGCUAUAUGGUUACUGGAUGAAAAGUCCAUAUCCAUGGAGUGUUUAGUAAAGGCAGAAAAUCUACUAAGACAUUUCUGCUUGCGAAUUGAAGCAUUGUAUGGGGAAAGAUAUCAGACAUUUAAUGUUCAUUGCCUGCUUCACCUCAAAGAUUGUGUGAAGAAUAUUGGUCCUGCUUUUGGUUUGAGGACUAUAAUGGAGAUCUGCGGACAUUAUUCCAUGGGACUCAGAAAGUUGACCUUCAGAUUGCAUUAUCCGUCUGCAUCGAGCAAAAGAUACCAGAACUGAUUCCACUCCUUCCAUUUGGCUCAUCAAGCAAAGACCUUUAUGAUCGUAUGACAAGGAGAAGGUAUUUGUUAAAGUGUAAGCGUGAA